AUGAAGACGUCCCUUCCUCGCAAGUUCAUGAGUUUGCGGGACAAAAACGGCACAAUUCACCGCCGGAGCAAGUCGUCAGAUCCUCAAACCCACAAGAGCCGGCCGCAUUCUGCUGACGUCUUCCUGUCCUAUUUCAAAAGCGAUGCCGCCAAACAGGCUGCCCGAGCAGAGGAGGAAAAGGGAAAACAGGCUGCAAAGCUCGACGAGCUUCGCAGCCGCCUGGACCAGCUUCAUUUCACAGAUGUCGCCAAGGAACACCUCGGCUAUGUUCUGCGAUCCAAAUACGCGGACGGCGAUGUUGAUAAGGCCGUCGAGCUGAUCCGCCUCCAGCGGGACGCCUUCGCUGGCGUCGUCCUUCCGUACAACCCCAACUCCGAGAUGAAGGGCGCCGAAAAUAGAUUCAACGUCACCUGCUACCUCGACGCUCUGCUCUUUGCCAUGUUCGCCAAGCUCAGCGCCUUUGAGUGCAUGCUCAAAAACGAACUGCCCGACGGCCCUCCUCGAAAGCUAGCUGCCCUCAUCCGUUUAUGGGUUAACAUGCUGCGCACCGGUAGACUCAUCUACGCUGACAUGGCUGCAGGCCUACAGGAGACCCUUGCCGACUGUGGCUGGUCAGACGCUCGUCUGGCCGAGCAGCAGGACACGUCAGAGGCCUUCGCCUUUAUUACCGAAACCCUACAGCUUCCGCUUCUCACUCUCCAGGUCGACCUUUUCCACCAGGGCAAGCGCGAUGAGGAUGACCACAAAGUCGUCUACGAGCGUUUGCUCAACCUGGCCGUGCCGCCCGAUCCCGACGGCAAGGGAAUUAAGCUGGAGGACUGUCUAGAGGACUACUUUAACACCAAGGUCGAUGUCUUGCGAGACAGUGCCAUCGACAAGAAAAGCCUCGACAGGUCCUAUACAACUCCUACGUCUGCCGUCUCUCCCAUAGAAUCUCCUGAACCGUCCAUGUUCACCGCAGCAACUCCAGGGCCCAAGGCUGUUUCGCCGGUCAAGGAUUCUAUGGGCAUCGAUACAUCCGAAGUGGUCACAGUCACAGCUACAGCCACCAGUCAAGAAGCAGCGGUCUCUGCCACGGCUACGAUAACAGCGCCGUUCCUUGGAGAUACCGUUCGGAUAGUCCCCUCCGAAGACGACGCCGGGAGCAGCCAGGAGAGCGCCGAGAGUGUAAGCGAAGCUCUCGACGACGACCCAGCGCCGCUGCAUCGUAGGUGGACAACUUCGGAAGCGUUUGUGGCAGCCUCUUUGAGCGACACUGCUUCUUCUUCGUCCGCCGACCCCCGCCUACCGCUCAUUGGCCGCCAGCGGUCGGCUAGCAUCAUUCAGCGCAUCGCUCUUACGGAGGCGAAGCCGGCAAACAUGGAUUCUUCGAGCAUCAUGCAACAGUUUAAGCGCCAAGGUUCUACUGUCAUCAAGGCCGUCACGAUCCCUGCAUGGCAGAUCUUCAGGUUGAUCCCUUGGCAUGCGGCUUCGGACAACGAACCGGUCAACGACAUCGAAGUGGCCCGCCAAUUCAACAAGCGUCCCGUGGUUGGCAUAUGCCUCAAGCGCUACAUGAUGACAAAUGGUGGCCAAUUUCAAAGGCAGAACACCUACAUUGACAUUCCUGACAGCCUUCGUCUGCCAUACUUCAUGAUGGCGGCAGAUGGUUGUAGUGAUGGACUUAACGACCUUAACUUUGAGUAUAAAUUGGUCCUCCAGUCCGUUGUCUGCCAUCGGGGGGUUUCUCUGCACAGCGGCCACUACAUAUCUUUUGCAAGGGUCAAUCCCAAAACUCUCACCGACAACCGUCGCCACGAGCUCGACCCUCCCCCAGACUACGAAGAGGAGCAGUGGGUGAAAUUUGACGAUCUUGAUGUGGAGCACCGCGUGACCUAUGUUGAAGACAUCAAGGCUGCUCUCAAAGACGAGAUGCCAUACUUGCUCUUCUACCAGAUCAUGCCAAUGGUCGACCUGACUCCAACGACGACCUCGAACGCUGAGAAUAACCGGCCGCCCUCUUACACCGACUCGACAAGUAACAUAGGCUACGCAAGGCCAGAGAGAACCCUUGGUGAUACAGACUUGGAACAGAGUGAGGUUGACCUGGCAGAAUCUGGUACGGCUGCGGGAGCCAGCAGCCUCUUCAGCAACCCUCCUACUUUUGUGGGUUCGACGACUGGACCCAGCAUUCGCUUCUCAUCCGAUCUAGACGCACCGCCAUCUAUAAGUUUGUAUGAAGGGUCGAAUGCGUCUUCGUUUGUGCUCACAGCCGCUCGCAAGUCGGAAAGCAUCUCCCGCCGCGGAAGUAUCGUGUUUGCCGACUCUAUCUCGAACACGCCGGCCAUCACUCCAGAGGGUGGACGAUCGCCUAUGGUAACGCCACGUGCUACCCCCGAAGAGACACCUGCACAGCGCUUUUCGCGCGCGGCCGCACGCCUUGCAGCAAAGUCCCGCAGCCGCCCGGUAAGCCAGGCUGGAGAGGGCCGCAUCAGCCUGACGAUGACCCGCCUUGGCGGACUCAUGCGGCCGAGCAAAGAGCCUUUGCGCCAGUCCGAAGACAACUUGGACGGCGGUCUGGGCACAAGUCCACUUUGCUCAACAGCAAACCCGAGUGCUAUAGCAGCUUCUGACUCGCUGUUACCCCCCAACCCUAUCUUAGCCAACGUUGUCUCUGCACCGGCUGCCUGCCCGCCAGGCGAGCAAGUGGCUACUACGCUACCGACAGAUUCUCCAUCUCAGGGUCAGCCACAAAAAGAAGCACAACUCCAAGCAGACGACGGUCAUCAUCACCAUCAUCAUCACGGGCUGCGGCGAGGCAAACCCAAGCUCCGUGUAGAGCGGGAAUCCGACGAAGAAAAUACCGGUACAGGUGCCGGCAAAGGCAAGGAGGCAGAGAAAGAAAAGGUCCGAAUCAGGACCAAAAUGAACGUGCCGGAACGCGAGUGCGUUGUCAUGUGA